AUGGGGGACCACCAGCAAAGUUCACCGUAUGGCCACCACACGUCGGAGCCCAAAGACAGGUCGGAGCGGGUGCAGGAGGAUGCCACGCUGGGCCUCCAGGGCACUGUGUAUGAGAGCUGGGGGUCCAGGGACGCCAAAUACCAGGAUCUGGAUGACAGGGAGCUGGGAUCAGAGAGCCAGGAAGAGGAGAUUCCCCCUGAGGUGACUGGGGAAGAGCUCCUGGACUCCCAGCACCCAGCAGAGGCCAUCGCAGAGCUGGAGCGCGUUCUGGAGAAAGAUGAGGAGGGUGUGCCAGAGAUGAGCCGGCUGUCCAUCUCCCAGAGGCUCCCCAGCACCUCCGUGGGCCGGGAGAGGAGGAAGAGGAGGCGGCUCUUCGAGCUGGCGAAGCCCAAGACCAACUGGCACGUCCUGAAGGACAGGAUGGGGUGCUGCUGCAGGGGCUAUGCGUGGAUCACCCCCCGCAUGAGGAGCCUGCAGUUCUGUGUCUACUGGCCAUCCGUGUACUGGACGGAGAGAUUUCUCAAAGACACCACCCUCACCAUCACAGUGCCGGAGGUGUCCCGCCGGGUGGAGGAGCUGGCUCGACCCAAGAGGUUCUACUCAGAGUGCUACAGCAACAACAGGACCACCUCCGUCUGGCCCAUUGCCCGGUCCACCUUGGGAUACCAAGCGUCCAGUCGCCUGAGGGAACUGGCCAGGCCGAAGAUGCGGAGCAACAUCUGGAGCACCAGCAUGUCCGAGGUGUCCCAGGUGUCCAGGGCAGCCCGGAUGGCCGUGCCCAGUCCCAGGAUCCUCCUCUUGGCCAAGCCCAGGGCUCCAGCCACCCUGCUGGAAGAGUGGGACCCCAUGCCGAAACCCAAGCCACACGUGUCCGACUACAACCGCCUCCUGCACUUGGCCAUGCCCAAGGCCCAGUCAGACAAGUGUGUUCCUGACCGAGAUCCACGCUGGGAGGUGCUGGAGAUCACCAAGAAGGCAGUGGCCAGUCCCCGGGUCAUCUCGCUGGCCAAGCCCAAGGUGCGGAAGUGCCUGAACGAGGGCUACGACCGGCGUCCCCACGCCUGCACGAGCUCGCCACCCCCAAGGGUGUCACCGGAAGAGUCUGAGACUGAGAGCCGGCCUGGCCCCCGAGCCCACGCCAUGACCAGUGAACACCCGAGCGCAUCCUAACCUCGUGUGUGGGUCUGAGCGCUUGGGCCAGGAGGCAGGAAGGCAGUGGAAGAGGCCAGAGGAGGAGGUGAUGCUCAUGGUGAUAAUAAUACUUACAUUCGCAUUCAACCUGCAGCUCGUGCAGCCCUUUUUC